AUGAAGUUUUCUACCUCUUCUGCGCUCCUUAGCGCUAUUCCUUUGGCUGCUGCCUUUCCAGCACAUCUUCUUGAGCAGGCAAGAAACGACCCGAAUGUGGUUGCCCGCGCCAAUGAGGUGCUUGCCAAACGUCAAAAGAGUGCGGAUGCUGCGACUGCAAUCUUCGAGGCCAUCCCAACCUUCGAUGCGGAGAAGCAAUUGAUUGAUGUAUCAGAGGGCUCAGGCCAUGAAUGGCAAGCGCCAGGACCUAAUGACCUUCGAGGUGUUUGUCCCGGCCUGAAUGCUUUCGCCAACCAUGGCUUCCUACCUCGCUCUGGAUAUGCCACCGUCGCCCAAUACAUCGAUGCGACAAUGAACGUGGUGGGGAUGGGCACAGAUCUUUCCGCCUUCUUGGCAGUACUAGGUGCUUUAAUCGACUCAGGUGACCUAAUGGCUUGGUCUAUGGGAGGAACACCACCACCGGGCGUCGGAGGACCCCUUGCCCAGAGAGGCAACGGCUUGAUUGGCAGCCACAACAAGUACGAGAAUGACAUCUCCCCAACUAGAGGCGACUUGUACGAGAUCGGCAACAACUACAUCACCAAUGCGGAUCAGUUCCAGGAUAUGAUCGAUGCCAACCCUGGUGGAGAGGUGACCUUGGAUGGUCUGACUGCCUACCGUUCGCAACGUUUCGAUCGCCAGGUCGCCAACAACAAAUACUUCUUCAACGGACCAUUCCCUGGACUUCUCGUGCAACCUGCAGCGUUCACGUUCAUCUACCGCUUCAUGGCCAACCACUCCGAAGAAGACCCAAUCGGAACGCUCAGCUACAGCACUAUCCAGAGCUGGUUCGGAAUCGAGGGCGAGAACGGCAACUAUGUAGCUCGCCAGGGACAUGAGCGCAUUCCCGACAACUGGUACCGACGAUCCCUGACUGCACCAUACUCGAUUCCAUACUUCCUCGGUGACGUCUUGAACGCUGCCCGUCUCCACCCCAAAUUCCUCAACAUCGGCGGUAACCUCGACGGAAAGACCAACAACUUCGCCGGCGUCAACGUGGAAGAUCUCACUGGUGGUGUCUUCAACAGCGACGAUCUUCUCAAGGGCAACAACCUCGGCUGCUUUGCAUUCCAGACCGUUGCGCAGGCCAAGGCUGAUUUGAUCCUCGACAAUAUUCUUAAUGGUGUGCAGGAUGCUGUUGGAUCCAUUGUGACGCAGCUGGGUUGCCCGCAAUUGAGGGCCAUCGAUGAAGCUCAGCUUGAGCGAUUCCCGGGUUACCAGAAGUCUCCGAUCUUUUGA